GCUGGGUAACGGAGUCUACGGAUCUCUCAGACCAACAGAGAACUCAUCGACCCUCGCCGGAAAGACAAGCGCUCCUAAAGGCAAUGCAUCCUGGGCAAUGAAGUCCUCAAAGGGCAGAUCCCUUUGCGCUUGCGCAGCUGAAGGCGACAGCUGUCAACCUCGUAGAGGUUUGAGUGACAUUUCUCCAUCUACAAGCCUUCCACCUCUGGUUGAAGGCCAGCUACGCUGCUUUCUGAGACUUACUGUUAAUAAAGUCAUAUGGAAGAUUGCAAAGCCUCCCACUUGUGUACUUGUCCGAGUGAGAUGGUGGGGAGAAACAUCAGAUGGAACCCUUUUUUGUCCCAGGGACGCAUUGCAGACUGAACCAAAAGCUGUCAGAACAACUACACGUUAUGCUGUUCGCUGUGGUCCAAAGCAGUUUACCUCUUAUCUAACUGAUAUGGCUGUGCUGGUGCUGGAAGUAAUCACCAAGCUUGAUCAUCUUCCAAUUGGUAGAGUUCAGAUCAGUGGACUAGCUCAGCUUUCUCCAACCCAUCACAUCAAUGGAUUUUUUACCAUUGUUUCACCAACAUCUAAGAAACUUGGAGAACUCCAGGUCUCACUUGCUCUGGAGCCUCUGUCAGAAACUUAUGACAGCUACAAUCCUCUUCCUACCACUGACGUGACAGAAAAUGUGGUUUUAUCUGAGCAGGAAUUCAGAGAAUAUACUGAACCCAACAAUACUCAGUUUCUGGUUCCACCAAGGCCUCGUAGGAUACCUACCACCAAAAUGGACGGAAAAGAGUUAACAGCUAACAGUAGUAGAUCAACCACUCCGAGGGGAAAGGACCACUUGUACUUUGCAGAGAACUCUGAUACCAUAAAGGAUUCUUCCUUUGGACUACAACACCAUCUUAAUUCAGGACAGAGUUUAGAGUGUAUGACUCUGAAAGGCAGAGCCCCACGGAAGCAGAUGUCCCUUCUUAACAGUUCUGAAUUCCAGCCUCAAAUUACGACAGUGGCCAAGAGUCACAGUGACUCAUGCAUUGUUUCUUCAAACAACCCCCCUACCAAGGACCUUCUUUCAGCUCUGUUAGAACAAGGCAAUAAACUGCGUAAUGCCAUGGUGAUUUCUGCAAUGAAAUCGAGCCCAGAUACUAGCAUGCUGUUGGAUGAAGUUCAUCCUCCCAUGAAGGAAGAUUUCCUCAGAGCCUCAACACACCACUCAGAAAGUACUUUUCCAUACCGUAGAAUCAAAGCCUUGUCUAAGAACCAAUUUAAAGACCACAUAGAAGAUCACCUCCUCCCUCCAACUAAGAAUACAUUUUGGAAACAUGACACAAAAGCUGACACCAGAGCCAUACAGCUGCUCUUGGGCAGUGCUGAAUUAUCCCAAGGUCAUUACUGGAAUGGGCUAGGCUCUCCUCCAGAUUCCCCAUCUCCUGGGAGUGAUGUGUAUUGUAGCAGUGAGCUGAAUGACCCUCAGUAUGACCAGAGUCUCUUGGAGAGCUUAUUUUACACGGCACCUAAAUCGGAUACCAGCAUCAGUGAUUCCUUCAGUGAAGACGAUAUUGUCUCCUCUAAAAAAAUGAACCAGUCAGAAGCUCUUGCCAUAUCUCCCAAGGUUCUGGAGUCAAAUGAUAAGUUGAAAAAGAGGGCAGCGGGGAAGAAAAAUAGAAAUUUGGUUGAACAACAGAUAUCAGAAACUCCAGAAGAUGCCCGAGUGAUGACACUAAGUGUGGAUAGACUGGCCCUUUUGGGUAGAACACAUUCCGUCAGAAUUAUCAUCGAAACAAUGAGGGUCCCUCCAGAUAGUCCUCAGAUGACCUCUGGCAAAAAAAGCUUUUCUGGGAGACCACCUAACGUGACAGCAACAACAAAGCGCACCUUCUUUGUGGAAUAUCACUUUCCUGUGGGCUUUUCUAAAGGCGGAUUGGGAAAAACAGCUUUGAUCACUGAGGUCGUUCGACUUGCCUCCAGUAAAAUUACAGAUGGAAUGGUGAAAUUCCAGCAGCGAUCUGUGUUUCCAGUACAGUUUGGUGGCCCAAUGAUAGAACACUGGUGGAAUUCCAACCUCACUUUCCAAAUUUACACAAAGAAAACCCCACAGAAAAAGCCAGAAGCCAUCGGAUCUGCAUCAAUGCCUUUACGAAGUGUCAUUCAGUCUGAGUUGCUUUCUUUCAGUAACCAGCUUCCAGUGCGACAGGAAAAUGGUCAGACUCCACUUGGCCCCCUUAAGGUAACUGUGGAGCUUGUUGUACAUAACAAGGAUUUCACUUGUGUGAAUACUAAAUUACGUAACAGCACCCAACAUGGCCCACUUUGUACUCUUACAAGUCCAGAUCAGACAUUAUCAGAACCUGAUCAACAUGUUACCUGUACUAAAAAUCCAGAGAACCUAAAUCAAAUUCACGAAGAAGUUGCAAAGAAAGUACAGAAUUUGAUACUCUCCAACCCAAAGUCACCAAGCCCUGUUGUGCCAAAUCCUUCAACCUUCAUGGCUGUGCCAGCCUCUCACAAUUUAGCAAAUCAGACAGAUGGGUCAACAAAAGAGAGUGCUUUGCUGUUGCAUGUGCUGUUGAUGGUGGCCGAUGGGAAAGAUUUCAUUACUGGAGAAUCUGACAAACCUCCGCCAUGCAAUGUUUAUUUAAAUUGCAAACUUUUCAGCACAGAGGAAGUCACCAGAUCUAUCAUCGCAUGGGGCACAACACAACCAGUCUUCAACUUUUCUCAGGUGAUUCCUGUCUCUCUGUCUUCCAAAUACCUGGAAAGGCUGAAGAACAAUGUGAUGGUAAUUGAAACUUGGAACAAGGUGCAGAGCCCAGGACAGGACAAGUUGCUCGGGCUGGUGAAACUCCCCCUCCAUCAGUUUUACGUGUCAUUCAAAGAUCCCAAAAUUUCUCGCCUGCUGCUUGAUGCUCAGUACCCAGUUGUUGCUGUUGACAGCUACAUGCCUGUGAUUGAUGUGUUCUCAGGCCACCAAAAUGGGAGUCUUCGCGUCUUUUUAGCCAUGGGUUCUUCAGAUCAGAUAAUGGCACUACAAAGAUUAAAGAAUGAAGGAACACUUCCACCCUUCAGCCCUAGGCCAGCCCAUUUUCUGGACCAGCCGUCUAUAGCAUCUGUUACUAUGGCAGAGGACCAAAGAAAUGGAUUGAUGGAGCAUCACUUUGAGCUCCACGUAGAGAGCGUUAAAGGGCUAGCCCCUCUUCAGGCAACAGUCUGGGGAGAAGCAGAUUGUUAUGUCCAGUACUACUUUCCAGUUCAAGACUCUCAAUCCAGUGUGCUAAAAGGACCUGAGUUCCUUGAAAAUGGAAUCUCUUUGAAGCCUUUCAGAUCUGCAACCACACUCUGUGUUCCAGAUCCCAUCUUUAAUAGUGAGCACCAUCACUCUCUCCUGUUGCCAGCUGAAGUUCCAGUGCAAAGGCUUCUACUGAGUGUCUUCUCUGCACAGGGGCCCAUGCCUGGAGGUGGAGUCCAGUUUGAAAUCUGGUGCAGAUACUAUUAUCCUAACGUGAGAGACCAGAUGGUUGCCAGAGGAACCUUGCCAUUAUCGAGGAUCUGUGCCAUGGUAACCAUGCAGCACCAUGAGGAUGUGGGAAUACAGACCUUUAAUCUCCCUUUAACUCCCAGGCUUGAGAACAGGAAGGAACUGAGGAACCAGUCAUCAGGUUUACUGGAUGUGGGCCUAAAAUACAGGCGUACUCCAAGAACAGCAGAGGGAGUUCUUGCUGCCCGAGCUGUCUCUAUUUCAGUUGAGAUAAUCAGAGCCUGUGGUCUGCAAGCAGCAGCCAAGGCUUUGGCUGAGUUGGAACCCGCUCUACAGUUCAGUGCCACAGUUGGGGUCAAUGCCUUUGUCACCACUCAUCUCUCCUUCCUGCCCAAGGGAGAACAGCGCCGAACCCGCCCUGUAGCUUGUUCCUUCUGCCCUGAGUUCUCCCAUCAUGUUGAAUUUUCAUGUAAUUUGGUGACUCAGCACUGUAGUGGAGAGGCCUGUUUCCUGGCAGAGCUGUUGGAGUUUGCAGAGGUCACCUUUGCUAUUUAUCAUGAAGAUACCAAGUCAGCCACUGAUAUAACCAGUAUUCAGUCAAUCAGAGAUUAUCUGCUUGGAAUAGUAAAGGUUCCUACAAAAGAGCUGCUGGUCAAAAGAUCUGGGAUCACAGGAUGGUAUCCUAUCAUUUUACCAGAAGAUGGGGCCCUGCCUCACUGUUUGGAGCUCAUGCAGAAGAUUGUGGGUGGCCUAGAACUUUCAGUUUCCUUCACACAUCCUGGAGAUAGAGAGCGGGUGUUGGAAGCUGCUGAGCUAUUGGGCUGGAGCUUUGAGAAUAACCUGAAGAAUCUUGUCACGAUGGAUGAAGAGGAGCCAGCCACUGUCACCAUAUCCACCCCAAGGCUCUGGCUGCCCAUCCAUUGUGUGCUUCUUGCCGGCCAAAAGCACAUUCAUAAGAACAUACACUGCUACCUCCGCUACAAAUUUUACGAUCAUGAAGCCUUCUGGACCCCUCUCAAGAAGCCUAAAGAAUCUACAAACAAAAAGCAGGUCAUGGUUACUUUCAAGGCAUCCAAAAGAGCAGAAGUCAAUAGGGGCCCGUCACUGCUUUGGUAUUUCAGGGAAGAGAGGUUAGAGGUCCAAGUGUGGCGGGCUUAUGGCAAUGACAGUGUGGAGAGGCCCCACCAGACAGACAGUUGGAUUGGCUCAGCCUAUGUGGACCUGGUCAGACUUGGGGAGAGGUCAGCAAGGACAUUAACUGUCAGUGGUGUGUAUCCUCUGUUUGGGCGAAAUGCUUCCAACCUCUCAGGAGCUGCCUUGCGAGUUCACGUGGUUCUUUCCUCUCCUUCCCCACACCCUGGGCCUGCUCAUGAACUGGAUUCUGUGGACUGCAGCAGCCACAGUGAGUCUGAGCAGUUCCCCAGAAGGCAUGAUGAGAUCCAGCGCUCUCCAUCACCUGGCCACCAGAAGUCUCCUGCCUCCACCCAGGUCCCCUGCAACACCACCACAGGGGAAGUCUGCCCAGCCCAGGAGGGCCCAGAUGAGUUGGAUGGAACUUUUGCAGUUAGUAUCCUGGUAGAAAGAGCGAUGCAUUUGAGCUUAAAAGGGAUCCCCUUGACAGAGCGGAAAGUAUUGAUACCCAGUUGCUGUGUAUCCUUUGCAACAGCUGAUGUGCCAUCUCCUGUCUUCACCCACGUGGUUGAAAACACAGAUUCCCCCAUCUGGAAUUUUCAACAGCAGUCAAGGCUAUCAAAAGAGUUUCUUUUGGACCCACAACAAACUCUGGUCUUCAAAGUUUGGCAUAAAGGAGAUGAGGAGAGGGUGAUUGGCUUUGCCUCAGUGGACCUCUCCCCGCUUCUUUCUGGCUUCCAGUUUGUCUGUGGCUGGUACAACAUCACAGACUUCAGUGGAGAGUGCCAGGGGCAGAUAAAAGUUGCUGUCUCCCCUCUGGAAAGUUUAAUGCACUUCAAAGAAGAAAGACAAUCAAGGCGUGGGAUGGAGACCCCAGGGUCACGGAUCCCAAUACACAGCCCCUUUUCCUUCCCUGCUUCUGGUAUGUAUGCUGCAUUCCCUGGCUGUGUUGCAAGAUGGACCCCAGAACAACCUGCUCACACCUCAUCAAGGGGACUUGAUUUCUCUUCUCCUACGAGAAGCAGUACUGCAAGAAGUCAGGCAUCACGCCAUGAAGAGCAUGUACAGAACAUCCGCCGAUUUCAUGAAUCCCUGCAGCAGGGAGAGGCAGUUUUGCCACAUGAUGACAAACUGACCACAUUGCCUUUGUCCUCCUCCCACACUUCCAUUCUGACUUCUCUCAGGAGGAAUCUGAGUGAGCUAGAUCAGAUCCAACGGUACUUCAGUCAGAAGCUCACCAAGCCUUUACUUCCCCUCAGUCCUCAGCCUCCUGCCGUCAUGCAGUCCCAGGAGACUCAUAGGGACCAUCUUGGGCCCGGAGCUAGCAGCCUAGACCCUGACAGCCAGUGCCUUCUGGAGAAAUCCAAUAACCUGGUGUCGCAAGUCAGCUCCUUAAUCACAGGAGAGAUUUAAAAGCAUGGCACAGGAAAUUGUGAAGUGGAAAGCACAUUGGACUGAGAGGCCGGAGACCCAGGUCAGGUUCUUGUUAGGUUUUUGCCCAGACUUACGAUUUGACUCAGCAUACCUUUUCCCUUCUUGAGGAUUCCCUAGCCAAAACAAGAUGAGAGUGGAUUAGGUGAGCUCUUUAGUAGCAGUUCUUGAACUUGUGCCACUCUACUUUCAGGAAAAAAUCAACUAUAGACAUAUUUAAAAUUCUAAUUCUCAGAGGCCAGAAGCCUGCAUUUUUAGCAGGUACCUCAGAUGAUUCUAGAUAUUGGUGGUCCAUAGUCAACCCUUUGAAACACCCCUUAAAGCGGUGGUCCUCACUCUGGCUGCAUAUUAGAAUUCUUGAGGGAGCUUUUCAAGAUCCAGAUGCCCAGGCUGCAUCAUAGGUCAGUUACAACAGGAUCUUUGAGGGUGCAGACCCAGGCAUCAGUGUUUUUCAUAACUGCCCAGGUAAUUCUACUGUGCAGCCCAGACAGAGACUACUAUAGAAUAAGUAUUUCUCAAAGGUGCCUAAGCAUAAGAAUCACCUGGGGUACUUAUUCUGAAAUACAAAUUCCUGGGUCUUCUUCCAUUCUAUUGAAUUAGAAUGCUGGGUUAAGGCCUGGGAACUUAUAUAUCAGGCACAGUUUGGGGAAUUGUGAGAAAUCAGUUAGAUCAGUACCUUUAGCCAUCAUUUGGUGUCAUUUUUGCCAAAGUAAAAUAUGUAUAUUGUACACCGGGAUGAAUAAGUUUAAUUUUCUCUGUUUAAAGUGGAAAGAAGCCAUUCAUGACUGAUAGGAAGUACAAACCUUCUUCCUACCCUCUUUCCCAGAUAGCUAACCUGUCAGUAGCCAGGGUUUCCAAAGUACAUGCUAUAUUUGGCUUCCAUUUGCUUGGAAAUAUUCAGUCAUCUAUUUAUUGAGCACAAACACUGCCAGGUACCACUAUGUUACUGGUUCAGGAAGAUGGACAUGACGAGCAUUAUCUUUGCUUUCAUCAAGUGUACGUUCUAUAGUCAACUGAAGAAACUGUCCCCCAGAAAGAAAGGAUAAGAGCAGAAUGGAGGCUUGUUUGGGGUAGAGGUGAGAGCAUAUAGAGAACCCCUUUAAAUGGGUAUAUUAAAAGAGGAGAGAGAAGAGAAAUGAGGAUUGAAGCUAGAGGACCUUGAAGCCAAGUUUGGGAGUUUAAUCUUUAUCCUGGAAGAAAAUGGGGAGUUCUAAGCAAGGUGAUGACAGAAUGAGAACUGACUUUUGUAAGGAGAGGAUGAAUUUUGAAAGGGAGAGAGGACUAGAUCGAAGAAAACAAUUUAAAAAAAAUUUUUUUAUGUUUUUUAAAAUUUAUUUGUGAGAGAGAGAGACAGAGCAUGAGUGGGGGAGGGGCAGAGAGAGAGGGGGAGACACAGAAUCCAAAGCAGGCUUCAGGCUCUGAGCUGUCAGCACAGAGCCCAAUGCAGGGCUUGAACUUGUGAACUGCAAGAUCAUGUCCUGAGCCAAAAUCGGACGCUCAACUGACUCAGCCAACCCAGGCACCCCUCGAAGAAAACAAUUUAAAAAAAUUAACUUCCCCAGCCUCCAUCGUGUCUUAGUACACUUUGGAAGAAGUCAUUACACAAGUAGGUACCAGUGAAUCUUGAGGGUGAGUUACUGAUGUGGAGGAGGGGGUCUCAUUUAUGCCACAUCUGUGUGCCAGGUCCUUUGCUGGACUCUAAAAAUGCAACAUGAAUCAGGUAUGUGGUCUCUGCCUUUAAGAAGCUCACAAUCUGAUGGGGAAAAUAUACACAAUAGCAUCUUAAAUGCUUCCUUAUAGAACAAAGCUGUAUAGCCAUCCCAUCCAGCUGGUGCACCUAGGAAGGCUUCCCAGAGGAGAUGCAGUAGAGCAGGGCCUUGAAGGAUGGACUGUUAUGUAAAAAGCAGAAAGACACCUCCAAGACAGAAAGGAUAGUUCAGGCCAAGGGAUCAGGAUUGACUAACCUCCCUGGUUCCUGUUCCUGUUUGCAGGUAGAGAUGUUCCAUUUUCAUACAUCUACUCACUCCCUUACAACAUGAAAAUUGAUAAUGUAUUAAAUUUAGCCAGCACCUCCUAUAGGCUGAGCACUCCCAUCAGGUGCCAUGAGGGAGAUGUGACCCCACACCCCGAGAGUCAAAUCUGCCUCCCAAUUCCUAACAUUCUCUUCUUAAAUAAUAAUGUAAACAAACCAUUUAGUAGUUCUAUUUAUUAACUUAUUCCCUCCCAUUUAAUCACAAAAACAAUUUGAAAUGACUGGUAGUUUCCACUUGUUGUUUAUAUAUGUGCCACAAAGUGUGUGCUCAUUUAUCUGAUGUAUUCUUUACUAUAACCCUGUGCAAAGGAUGGUAUUAAUAACAUUUUAAAGAUAAACAGGUUGAGAGAGAAUGGUUUGCUCAUGACCACAAUAAGUGACAGUAGAGAUUUGAACCCAAGACUGACUAGCUCCAGAAACCUCUGCUCUUUCCAUAAUGCCAUCCUCCCUCCAUUUGCUCUGUAAUAAACCUCCCCUACUUUACCAAUUGGGUGAUAGAUUAAUUGCUUUUAUUUUCCAAGUAAAAUAUAUAGUUUUAAUAACUGUCAUCAAAUA